AUGCUUCCCCUUCGUAUAGUCAUAAUGUCCGCUACGCUCGAAGCUAAACUCUUCUCUAGUUACUUCAAUGAUGCUCCCGUUUUUGUUAUCAAAGGUCGAGCUUUCCCUGUCGAGGUAUUUCACGCUGAGCUCAAUCCCGAGAAUGCAGACUACGUCUUCAAUGCUCUCGUUUGCAUCAAAGACUUACAUCAAGAAGAACCUAUAAGUGAUCACUUUCUUGUCUUCUUGACUGGUCGUGAAGAGAUCAUGUGUGCAGUAAGAAAACUGAAAGAGCUGAGUGAGCACUUCACCUCUCCAAUCUAUCCUGUUCCCCUGUUUGCAGCAAUGAGCAGUGUUGCUCAAAUGAAGGCAUUCGAUCCGCCACCGGAGGGUCAUCGAAAAGUCGUGUUGGCCACCAAUAUUGCAGAAACAUCGCUUACCAUCCCAGGAAUACGUGUAGUUAUUGAUUCGGGAAAAGUCAAAACAAGGUAA